GCCCAAACCACAUUUUCCUCCUAACAUGGCCGCAACAGACAAGCCAAAUAGCGAUCUCGAUAUCGAUCGCUAUCUAACGCAAUCAGAGAAGCACAUGGAAAUAGAUCGCAUUCUCUCAACUUUCAAAUUGGAUCCAUUCUCCAUCAUGGAGCUCCCAUAUAAAGCAGUUGACCCAAAAGAACUAAAAAUGGCUUAUCGUAAACGUUCACUCAUGGUUCAUCCUGACAAAGUCGAUCAUCCUAAAGCACAGGACGCAUUUGAUUUACUCAAAAAAGCAGAAAGCGAACUCGGUGAUGACACUCGUGUUCGAUUCAUUCUGGGUAUCGUCGAAGAAGCAAAAGUGGAAGUGCUUCGGAAACAAGGCAUCAAGGUGAAAAUGAUACCCAGCAAAGUAGAAACGAUAGUACCCAAAGAUGGCGAAAAUGCAGAUGCCGAACCAGUGGUGACGAUGGUCCCUGCACGAAUAGACGAAAGCGAAUACCCAUACAUUACGUCGGCGGAAGGACGGCAAGGCGUCAAAGACCAGGUCAAGGAAAUUCUGAUAGAGAUGGAACUACGUAAGCGAAGGCUGCGCAAGAAGGAAAUGGAAGCGGAAGGAGAAAUAGCCCGCAAGACAGAGGAGGCAAUCCAGGAAAGAAAGCGCAAAGUGGAAGAAAAGCAAGCUUGGGAAGCCAAUCGAGAAACGCGGGUGAACAGCUGGAGAGAUUUUCAAAAAAAGGGAGGAGCAAAGAAAAUCAAGAAGAAGAAGACAGCGUGAAGGAGAGCAUGAUAACGAACAACAGUUUGCUUUUCGUUGUAGACUUUUUGCCAAAUUGCAUAUUUCAAAUUUGAAUAGUUUCCAUAAUAAAGUUCAUGUAUACAACUUGCACUGAAAUUUUUCU